AUGUGGGUGACUUUACCAUUUCUGUUCCUUGCCGUAGAUGCUCUGAAGAUCCUACAAAUUGUGCCUGGAUUCACAAACAGUCAUGUGUUGUUCAACUAUCGGCUGGCCGAGACACUUAAAUUCCUCGGUCAUGACGUAAAAAUGUGGACACAAAUGGAAAUGGCUAUGUUGGAUACCGGAAACAACCGAAUUCCAGACGGAGUGAUCGAAUAUCGUAUACCUAUCCAUUUUAAGGAUAAGUUGAAGACUGAAGGGUUAAAAGUGUUCCAGUCGUUAAUGUUUUCCGCUGGAGACGCUUAUGAUCUAUGGUGGACUGGACAAGAGUUCAAAGAUAUGAGGGUAGAUGCAUGCGCUCAAAUGUUGGAACAUGAUCCGAUGGUUUUCGCUGAAUUUCGUGCCGAUAAUUUCGACCUAGCGAUUGCUCAUUUCCAUGAUCUUUGCCCAUUGGCAAUAGCCGAGAAGAUAGGAGUGAAAAAGGUAGUAUGGAUCACUCAUGGUACCUCAAUCUACGACUUUGCCGCUGUACAACUGGGUUUGAGAACCUCACCCAGUAGUGUACCACACCCUUUAUCGUCUGCCGGAUUCACACUUUCAUUCUCUGAUCGUGUGUUCAAUUUAUUAUGGCAUCUCUCCAUGCUCGAUUUUGUCAAUUUACCACAAAAUCUUCUACACGACGAGAACGAGUACUAUCGAAAUGUGAUCGAGAAGGGUGAGCCAGAUCUCUGGGAUCUCUCGAAGCGGGUCCCAGCGCUGUUGAUCAACGGUGAACGAAUGCUCGACUUUCCAAGACCUUUGCCAAUUCAUAUCACUUUUUCGGGAGAACUUGGUUUGAAGAAAGCUGCCACCAAAGUUCAGUUCGACGAGACGCUUCGUUCAAUUCUUGACCAACCCUCUAAAGGUAUCAUUGUCUUCUCGCUUGGAACGGUCUCAAACACAACAAAUAUGCCCGAACAAAUGAUAAAAUCGUUCGUGGAAGCGUUUGCGAAACUGAGUGAUUUCACGAUAUUGUGGCGGAUGGAGGGUAAGGUUAAGCAAGCAAAGUCUUUGAACCAUGUGCAUCUGCUCAGAUGGCUGCCACAAAAGGAUAUAAUGAAAUUGCCUAAUAUGAAACUAUUAAUAGCUCAUGGUGGUUAUAAUUCGUUUCUGGAAACUGCACAGGCUGGUGUACCUGCUGUGCUCAUGCCACUAUUCGCUGAUCAGAAAAUCAACGCAAUGCGAGCUCAACGUUUUGGCAUUGCCCGAGUUUUGGACAAGCUUCGACUAACUCCGGAAAUUGUGCUCGAAGCUGUUCGUGAUGUUCUUGAGGAUGAAAGUUACACAAAACGUGCCAAGAGACUUUCAUUGAUGUUAACGGAUAAACCAACGACUCGUCCAUACUCGACGCUCGACUAUGUACUAAAAUUAGCGACAAGCAACACAAAAUAUUUUACACUUCGUGCUGCUCAAAAAUUAUCAUUCGCCGAGUUUUAUUGCUUAGAUGUGUUUGCAGUGUUUGUUAUUUUUAUUGUUGUUUUGUCAGCUGGUUCAUGA